UUAGCAAUGUGUUGUAUUUACUAAUUAUUAUCAAUGUGAUUUGAAUUCAAUGAAAAAUAAAAGAAACAUAAUCUAAAAGUGGUUAAUAUCUUAUGUGCAUCAUACCUGUGUAGAAUUUAUAAGAAAAAAUUAAAUUCUUUGUUCUUGAACAAAUUUUAAGUUUAUAAAAAAACGUCAUUUAAUUAAAACUAAUAAAAAAACGCAAUAAGCUUUUAACAGAAGAUAAAUAAUAUUAAAGUCAUGACGUGUGAAGAAAUAAAUGGGCCUUUUGAGUGUUUAGCAAACAACAAUAAUAAUGUUUCUAAUGGAUACAAACCAAAGCAAAACCACAUGAAUGGAUAUCUUGUAAAUAAACAACCAAAUGUGAUAUUGAAAAAUGAUGAAAUUCAAACAAAGAAGUCGAUUAUGAUUCUUCUAACAAUUUUCUGUACAAGUAUUGUUGCAAUGUUUUAUAUUUACAAGAAUUUUCCUGAACUAGAAGAAUCAGAACGCGAGAAAUUAAAGAUUCCAUUUGAUAUUGAAUCUUGUAAAGAACUAGGACGCUUAUUGGAUAGAUAUAAAGAUCUAUACUAUUUUGAAGUCAUGACCGGCAUUUGUCUUCUCUACAUAUUCUUACAAACUUUUGCGAUACCUGGCAGUCUGUUCUUAUCUAUUCUGAGUGGAUUUCUCUUUAAAUUUCCUGUGGCACUUGCAUUGAUAUGUAGCUGCUCAGCUGCAGGUGCUACGCUUUGUUAUCUCCUAUCGCUUCUUCUUGGACGCCGAUUAGUUAGAUAUUAUUUUCCAAAGCGAGCUGAACAAUGGGCGGAACAAGUGCAAAAACAUAAAGAUGACAUGAUUAGUUACAUUUUAUUUCUGCGUAUGACACCAUUACUGCCAAAUUGGUUCAUUAACUUAGUUGCGCCAGUGAUUGGUGUUCCCAUAUUUCCUUUCACUUUUGGGACUUUCUUUGGUGUCGCACCGCCAUCAUUCCUUGCAAUUGAAGCAGGAAAAACUCUUUAUAAGAUGACAAGUUCAUCGAUAUCAUUCUCAUGGGGCUCAAUACUUAUGUUGUUUGCAUUUUCAACUUUGGCGUUGUCACCAGUUAUCUUUAAGAAAUAUUUUAAAUCAAAAGUAGACAAGAUUGUGAUAGAAGUUAACCGGAAUUUUGUGAAUUUUAUUAAAAUGGUUCAAAAAGCAAAAGUUUUUGUUCUCGCUAAAAAAUGUGAAGGUGAACCAAAGCUGUCAGAUUUUGAAAUGAAGGAAGAAGAACUUGAAGCAUUGCAAGAUGGAGAAUUUUCAGUGGUUGCUAUUUUUAUUGGAAUGAAUGCUGGCUUGAGAUAUUAUCUUGAUUUUACACCUAUUGGAUCAACCGUUCAUGCAGCUCAAGUAGCCAAAGUUGUUGAUACAAGAAACAAAAGCUUUCCUAUUGGUGCAACAAUUUAUGGUUCUUUUGGAUGGCGGUCUCACACCGUAGUUAAACCAGAAAAUUACGCUAAACAUAAUCUUUAUACUCUUCCUGAUUUCGGGAAAUUGUCGCCAUCAUUAGGAGUUGGAUACUUGGGAAUGCCUGGAAAUACCGCAUAUUUUGGAUUAUUAGAUAUUUGUAAGCCCAAGGAAGGAGAAACUGUUGUUGUAACUGUUGCAGCUGGAUGUGUUGGUUCACAUGUUGGCCAAAUUGCAAAAAUUAAAGGAUGUCGAGUCAUCGGAUUUGCUGGAUCUGAUGACAAAUGUAAAUGGAUUGAGAACGAAUUGGGUUUCGAUAAAGCCAUAAACUACAAAACUGGAGAUAUGAGGAAAGCAUUGAAAGAAGCAGCACCAAAAGGAGUUGAUUGUUAUUUCGAUAAUGUUGGAGGUGAAUUGAGUUCAAUCAUUAUAAGUCAAAUGAACAAUUUUGGUCGGAUAUCUGUUUGUGGUGCUGUUGCUGAAUAUAAUAGUGAAACGGAAGUGAAAAUAACAUCGCCAUGGAAGCAUAUGAUAUUGAAGCAAUUGAAAAUGCAAGGAUUCGUUGUUUACAGCUAUGGAGAUCGCUGGAUGGAAGGCAUAAAUCAAAACCUUAAAUGGAUUCAAGAAGGGAAAUUAAAGUACCAUGAGACCAUCUUCGAAGGAUUUGAUAACAUUCCACAAGCUUUCAUUGAUGUGCUUCGAGGAAGGAAUAUUGGAAGAGGUGUUGUUAAGGUUUAAAAUGUUAUGCAAAUUUAUAUCAACAAUGUUGGAGAUUGUCUAAAAUUUUGAGUGAAAUAAAUUCAUUGAAAACACA